AUGCAAACCCCUCCAGUUGGAUUUUAUACCCAUUCACUUGCUCUUAUCGCUGACGCAUUUCACUACAUGAAUGACUUAAUCGGCUUCAUUGUAGCUUUAGUUGCGCUCAAAAUUUCUCGACGCCCAACAUCCCCAAAACGUCUUUCCUUUGGUUGGCAAAGAGCCCAGCUCUUGGGUGCCUUUUUCAAUGGUGUCUUCCUCCUCGCUCUUGGAGUCAGCAUAUUCCUGCAAUCACUCGAACGAUUUGUUUCUCUUCAGGGAGUCGAGAACCCAAUGUUGGUUCUCAUCAUGGGAUGUGUUGGCUUAACACUCAAUAUCAUCAGUGCAAUCUUCUUGCAUGAACAUGAUGGACCAAGAAGCAACGAAGCGGGUGGGGGCCAAUAUACCGGCACCAUCCAACUCUCCGAACUCACCACAGAGGAUGUGCAACCCCACGAUAAUCAUCGUCACAAGCUCGAACCGUCUAAGAAGAGUGGCCAUGACCAUGACCUUGGAAUGAUGGGAGUCUUAAUUCAUGUUAUCGGCGACGCAAUCAAUAAUAUAGGGGUUAUUAUUGCUGCAGCAGUGAUCUGGAAAGCGGAGUUUGAGGGCAGAUUCUACGCAGAUCCUGGAGUUAGCAUGGGCAUCUCAUUUCUGAUAUUAAUCUCAUCACUACCACUCGUGAAGAACAGCGGUUCUAUUCUUCUUCAAUGUGUCCCGCUUGGAGUAAAUCUUGAAGACGUCAAGCAUGAUCUUGAGAAGAUCCCAGGAAUAACCUCUGUCCAUGAACUCCACGCCUGGCGUCUGAGCCAAAACAAAGCCAUAGCAUCAGCUCACGUUGUAACGUUAGAGCAGGAGGUCGUCGGUUUCAUGGGUCAGGCGAAACUUAUAGGAGAAUGUCUUCACGCCUACGGAAUCCAUAGCACAACAUUGCAGCCCGAGUUUUCUACCAGCACAACGUUGCGGGAGAGUGAAGGGGAAGGACAGGUACUGUUAAAGCAGAUAUCUAGUGAGAAGUCUGUUUGUCAGAUCAAAUGCGGAAAACUUUGCGAGAAUUUGACUUGCUGCGGAUGA